AUGUCUUCCCCCGCCGUGAGCAAAGCACCCCAAAAGCUGGGAUCAAAGACCAACACCCCAGCCAAAACCCGCAAAGGCUCCGAAGGCCACCCCCGCAAACUCUCGCAGAAAGCCCCCGAGCCAAUCGAGGACGACGACGAGCAAUCCAUCCCCGAGACCCCGUCCCCGAAGUCCAAGAAGAAGACCUCCUCCGCUGAGCAGCGCCGCCCCGCCUCCCCGCCAGACGAUGUCGCCUCCCAGGCUUCCGGCUCUGCGGCCCCUCUCGGUCGUGCUGCUUCUGGUUUGGCUGGUAAGGCUAAGGAUGUUGCUGGCCAGGCCAAGGAUACAGCUGCGCAGGGCACCGAGACUGUCCAGAAUGGCGCCAAGGCUGCCACCGAUAACCUGCCGGUACCUUUUGACCUGUCUGCCUUGAAGGGUCUUGAGGUUGCCGACGGUGGAAACAUCCUCGGACAGGAUGGGAAGCCUAUUGGCCAGGUUGUCGAAGGGGACCCUGAAGACCUGGUCGGACAGACUGUUGGCGACGAUGGCGAGAUUGUCGAUGAAGAUGGUGAUCUGAUUGGCCGUGUUGAUAUCCUGCACGACCUCGCCGAACAGGCGAAGAACAUCCCCGACGAGGCGCAGUCCAAGGUGGGCGAUCUGGAGAAUGUUGUUACGGAUAUUGCUCAGCUGGAGGGUCUGCCUGUUUCUGAUGGUGGUGUUAUCAAGAAUGCGGCUGGUCAGACUGUUGGUCGCAUUGUUGAGGGUGACUGGGAAGAUCUAAUUGGCUACACGCUUAACGAGGAGGGUGAGAUUGUUGAUGAUGAAGGUGAUGCUAUUGGUCGUGUUGAUCUUGUUCCGAUUGAGGAGCAGAAGAAGGUCAUUGAAGAGACUGCGAACGAUGCUACUGAUAAGGUUGAUGGUGCCAAGGAUGAUGUUGAGGAUCAGUUCGAAGAUGCUCAAGAUGGUCUACCCACCGAUCAAGCCAAGGGCGCUGUCUCUGACAAUGAUGACGAUCUUGAUCUUCCCGACCUCGACGAGUCUAAGAAUGCCGCAGACGGUGUUGUCGGCGAUGCUAAGGACACUGCCGAGGAUGCCCAGGGUGAUCUGGAAGACACUUCCGAAGACGGCAAAAUCCAACUCGAAGACAACGUCGACGACGGCGUCAAGGAUACCGCUGAAGGUGCCGCCGAAGGUGUCGAGGGUGAUGUCGAAGAGACCACCGAAGGCGCCAAGGACACCGCUGAAGACGCCCAGGGUGACCUCGAAGACACCGUUGAGGACGCCAAGAACACUGCCGAGGACGUCGCCGAGGAUGUCCAGCAACGCGUCCCCAGUCUCGACACCCUCGAGGGUCUGAGCUGCAACAAGCGCGGCUACAUCAUUGACCAAACCACCGGCAAGCCCGUCGGCGAGUUGACCGAAGGCGACCCCAAGAAGAUCGCCAAGCUCGGCGCCACCCUCGACGACAAGGGUCAGUUCUGGGACAACCGCGGCAACGUCAUCGGUCAGGCCAAGGCCCUCCCCAUUGAAGAUGAUGAGAGCGAGGAAGGGCCCUUCUCCGGUCUAGAAGGCCUAGUCGUCAACGAAGACGGGUUCGUCGAGGACGAGAACUCGACUCGCGUCGGACGCUUGAUUGAAGGCGAUGCAAAGAAGCUCAGCGGCCGCGGUGUCGAUGAGGAUGGUGAAAUCCUCGACCGCAAGGGCAAUGUUAUCGGUCGUGCUGAGCGUCUGGAGGAGGAGCCCGAGGAGCCUGAAGAAGCUGGUCCUGACUUCUCGGCCCUUAACGGUCUCUCCUGCAACAAGGCUGGCUAUGUCAUUGGCCCUGAGGGAUAUCCCAUUGGCCGUGUUGUUGAGGGUAAUCCCAAGGAGCUUGCUGGUAAGAAGAUCGAAGACGGCGAGAUCUAUGACGGCAAGAAGGUCGUCGGCCGUGUCGAGAUCAUUCCUGAGAAUGAGAUUGACAGCAAGUCUGAGGGACCCUUCGCCGGCAUGGAGAGUCUCGUCGUGACCAAGGAUGGAUUCGUCGAGGAUGACGAGGGAUCCAUUGUUGGUCAGCUUGUUGAGGGUGAUGCCAAAAAGCUGCGUGGUCGCGCUGUCGAUGAGGAUGGCGAGAUCACUGACAAGUACGGCAAUGUCAAGGGUCGCGCCGAGCCCUACGAGCCCCCCGAAGAGGAGGCUCCCGAGGAGGAAGACCUUUCUAUCCUUGAGGGCAAGGUUGUCAACAAGUCUGGCAACGUUGUUGACCCUGCCACUGGUGCUGUUUUCGGCCGUGUCGUCGAAGGUGACAAGCGUCUUGCUGGUUGUAAGGUCGACGGCAAGGGACAGAUCUGGGGUGACAGCGGCAAGGUCGUUGGUCGUGCCGAGCUGAUCCCCGGUGGUGAGCAGAACAAGGCCGAGGGUCCAUUCUUUGGCUUUGACAACGCUGUCGUCGGCAAGGACGGUGUCGUGACGAGCGGUGACAAGAUCAUCGGACGUCUGAUUGAAGGAGACGCCAAGCGCCUGCUCGGCCGCAGCGUCGACGAGGACGGUGAUGUCGCCGACAAGAACGGCAACGCUAUUGGUAAGGCCGAGCGCUGGGAACCCGAGGAAAAGCAGCGCGACGUCAACCCCAUGGCAGGUCGCAAGAUCACCAAGGAGGGCGAGGUCCGCGAUGCUGACGGUAACCUCAUCGGCAAGCUGACUGCCGGUAACCUGGCCACUCUUGUUGGCAAGACUGUCGACGACAACGGAUUCGUCGUUGACAACGACGGCAACAAGCUCGGCGAGUGCACUCUGCUUGAGAACAUCCCCGAGCCUGAGCCCGAGGAAGAGGAGGGUCCUACCCCCGAGGAGCAGGAGGCUCAGGCCAAGGCCGAGCAGGACCGCCAGCUCGCCGAGAAGAUGUGUCACAUCCUCCGCCAGACCCUCGAGAGCGUCAAGCCUGUGUGCAAGCAGAUCAAUGAGGCCGUCGAAAAAGCCGACCGUACCCCGAAGGACGAGCUCGACGAAGAGAAACUCGUCCAGCAAGUCAAGCCCCUCCUUGAAGAAGGCGGCCGCAUUCUCCAGGAAUGCAACGGCGCAAUCCGCGCGCUUGACCCCGACGGACGCAUCGCCGCGACCGCCAAGGCGCGCGCUGCUUCUCGCGAUGCUACGCCUGAGGAGUACCAGCUCGCCGACAUGAUCAAGGAGCUCACUGAGACCGUGGUCAAGACCAUUGACAACGGCAAGAAGCGCAUUGCUGAUAUGCCUCAUGCUAAGAAGAAGCUGAACCCGCUCUGGGGAUUGCUCUCUGAGCCUCUGUUCCAGAUCAUUGCUGCGGUUGGUUUGUUGCUUAACGGUGUGCUUAGUCUUGUUGGUCGUUUGCUUGAUGGACUUGGUCUUGGUGGGUUGUUGAAUGGUAUUCUUGGAAGCCUUGGACUUGACAAAAUUAUCGAUGGUCUUGGACUGGGCAGUUUGACUGGUGCCCUUGGACUUGGAAACAAAUAA